AUGACAGGGAACUCCUCAGGGAGAACGACAGGUACACUCUCUGUAUGGGAGCGGAUAUCCCUCGUCGGCUUGAUCCCCUGGUUCACUGCCCGGUGGCUUUUCGGCUUUGUUUUUCACGGCAACCCUGAGCUGCACUGGCGCCAACGUCUUGCAGUGUCCCUGCUGAGAGCCCAGCGUGCCACUUUCGCUCCAAGUCAGCUGCGCUGGCUGUCCCGCCGUACAUCGACACGCGAUGCAAUCGUUGGGUAUAGUAAGGAGCAUGGCCUUGCUCACAGAAUUAUCACCCUCAAAACUGUAGCAACUACCGAUGUUGUCGAGCUCGACAUCCCGCCCCCAAGCCUCCAUUUCUUGGCACACUUUAGCCCCACCGAGAGGGACGGCGACAGCGGACUGACUCUACUCUAUUUCCACGGCGGCGGCUUUGUCAACCCGCUCCGCAAGGCCGCGCACAUGCCCUUUAUUCAUCGGUGUGCUACGGCCGGCGACGCCACACGGGUCGUAAUUGUCGAAUACGGCCUCGCACCCGAGCAUCCGUAUCCAGCACAGAUGGUGCAAUGCAUCGCCGCGUUGCGGUAUCUCGUCGACGAGAUGGACCUUGACCCAGGAAAGAUUGUGCUUGGUGGCGACAGCGCAGGUGGGCAGCUUGUCGGGGCUGUGUUGGUUCAUUUGGCACGCCCCUCGCCGUAUGCCCCUCCCCUAACACUUCGCGGUAAACUGAAGGCAGCGCUGCUUGUCAGUCCUUGGGCAGUUUUACCAUCUUCGUGUGAUGGGAGCUACAGGACAAAUGCUCGUCUGGACUAUCUCAAUCAAACUAUAGUGGACCAGUUCCAGGCGUCUUGGAAAGGAAACGAAAAUGAGAUAUGGGCAAAUCUUUACGGAGUCGAGGAAGCGAGGGCGGUUUGGAGAAAGAUUGUGCCUAAUGAAGAUCAAGGGAUUGUGGGAAAGAUCUUAGUUACUGCGGGGACGGCGGAGGUCUUUCUCGACGGCUGCCGGGCCGUUGCCAAGGACGGAAUGGGUGCUGAGACGGUUGUGAUUCACCGUGAUAUCGACUGCGAUGCCCCGAGAGGCAAGACGCUGGUGCUCGCGGAAUGCCAAGGCGAAGUACAUGUCCAGUCCGCUGUAGACUGCGCUGUCGCAUUUGAUGGAGGACUAACAAUGCGUGCUAUAACCUCAUGGUUGGCCACCAUUUAA